GAAAAGUGCCAGCAGGUACGUUUUCACCGCCGUUCCUUGUUAUUCGUUCUCUUCCCGAGGUUACAUCUGGCUGCUGGUCAAGUUCCGCUACCCGCUCAAGAUGUGCCAGCUCCUGGCAGACUGAAUCAAUCACUUAUACGUCUUUGGUUGUGAGUAACAGAUUUCACCCAAAUCACAAUAUUCUUUCUGCUUCCUUACUCAGGUCUCCUGUCCCCACCAUCAUGUCUGUGUCUGAAGGAGCAAGCUUUUCUGCAGAUGAGCUCACGUGUCAAAUAUGCCUGCAGCUGUUCUCUAAGCCCGUUUCUCUUCCCUGUGGUCACACCUAUUGCUUUCUCUGCCUUAAGAACAUGGAAGAAGGCCUUGACCAACAUAGGUGCCCAGAAUGUCAGGCUGAGUACCAGGGAGCCACUGCUCUUAUGGAAAACAUAAAAACGUCCAAAUUUAUAGAGACCCACAAAGUCACUGCUGAGAAAGAUUUUGUCCCUGAAGAUCGUCCUGCUGUCAUCCAUGUAACAUCCAAGAGUAUGUGUAAUUCUGGUUUGGAUCAGUCAGAUGGAAAAAGUCAGUGCUAUGAAGAAGAAAACAAGACAAACAAAAGUUGUGAGUCUGGCUCUGGAUUCGGAGGCUCUCUCUGUAAUCCGACGCAAGCAAAAAACAGCAGCAGAGGCAAAACGGAAAUGGAUGAGCCCAAGUUUAAACUGGCAUCUCAAGUCACAGAGUUGCACAUCAAACUAGAGAUCGCAGAAGGUGUUCUGAUGAAAGAAAAGGAAUGGGAGCUUCAGCUGACGACUUCUAAUUCUCGGCUGAGAGAGAAAAUAUCGAAGCUGCUGGGGCAGAUGAGGGACUCCCUGCAGAGCUACAGUGACCAGGUGAUGCAGAUGGUCGAGAAGGAGUUAGGCCCCGGUGAAGAAAGCGUCCGCGCCCGGGUCAGUCAAACGUCUGAGCUGGCGAAACAGCUGAGGCACACUGUGCUUACAGCUGAAUCCCUACUGACUGAAGAGGAUGAAAAAGCAUUUAGUGAUGAGCUUCAAAGUCUAAAUGCAAACAUUGUGGAGAUGCUGGAGAAACCACUGAGAGAGGACGAGGACUUUGUUGAAACAAAGGUCAACUUUGCACAUGCCUGUCCCAAGCUGGAAAACAUGAACGCCGUCCUGAGGGAGCAACUUGGAGAGACUCAGCGCUCCCUCCGAAACACCUUCAACCCUUCAGAGUUGACCUUUGACCCGGAAACAGCUCAUCCGAAUCUCAUUCUGUCGGAGGAUCUGAAAACGGUAACAUUCAGCACCGUGAAGCGGUCCUACGCAUCCUCACCGCGGAGGUUCACCAACUUUUACCAGGUACUCAGUGCACAAAGCUUCUCAGAAGGCGAACACUGCUGGGAGGUGGAGCUCGAAGGUUCUCCGUGGAUCAUCGGCAUGUGCUACAGCGGGAAGCUGCCACGCAGCGGGAUGCCAUCCGCCCUGGAAAGCAGCCAGAGCGCCUGGUGUCUGAUGUGGUUUGAUAACCUGCUGACCGCCUUCGAGCAAGGUCACAGCGUGCCACUGAAGAAAACCACAGUGUCACGCAGGCUUGAGCUCAAGCUGAGCUUCAAGACACACAGGUUGAGCUUCUACAACAUCAGCCCUUCCAGUGGCAAGACGCAUAUCUACACCUUUAAGGCCAAUCUGAGUGAAGCCGUGCACCUCGCCUACAGGAUGAUGUCAGGACACCCCAAAGGCAGAGUCACGAUUUGCUCAUGAAUAGAAGUUUUCAAAAUCAGCACACAGGAGAAAUAGCUCGGUAAAUUUAUCCGAAAAACAAACGUUGAGAAAAGAUUUCUGUGAUUACAUAAUUAGUAGCUUCUCUAAUACUGAUAUUUAAUAUUAUAGGGCUGUUUUCACAACCGAUCAUCCAUCAAUUUCAACAACCUGUUUAUAUGCACAUGAUGUUUGCACUUUUUUUUUAUUUACCUUAUUGGAAACAAUUUUUUAACAAAUUGGUUAAAUGUUUUUGUCAGAUGAAGGUGAAAUGGCAGGAUGUAAUGCACAUAACAUAAAUAUGUUACCAAAACAUUUUGUGUAAAUUAACUUUAGCUCUGACGGCUCAAUCUCAGCUAAAAUUGCAGUUUUGACUUGUGGCCAAAGAUGACCAAGCCACUCUGGUCACUUGGGCCACAUAUCACAGCUAAGCUACCACUGUUAUUAUCAGAUUCUUUCGUGCCACUUUCUCAGGGCCCAGACACAGAUACACUGCCACUGCCGUGAUGAAGAAUCAUAUUGUCAUCUGUAAAAAGAAAUCGGUAAGAAAAAGAAACAGAUUAAGCAAAAAUCAUUUGGUAUAAGAAUACCAAAUGAUUGGUAUUUUGAUUGCUGUGCAAGAUUUUGAGAUCUCUGCAGUUUACAUGAAUAAUUUAGGAGUUUUUUUUUUUUUUGUUUAAGUGUAGUGUUUUUAAUGUAUUUUAGCAUUAAAAAAAGACAAUCAAAAUUUACUUUGGUGUCAUUUAUUCAAUUUAUUUUCUAAUUGAAAUAGCACUGUGUAA